GCGGUCAUACUGGCAGUGACAUAAUUUUGAAACAACACAAUAAUUGACUGCUUAAUUUGGUUACCAAAUUGUCAUGAAACUAAGAUGGCAAAUGGUAAAUGGAUGUCUACGCCAGCAAUGGCGAAACCAUACAAAUAUUAUAACUGCAUCAGCCGCCCCAGUAACCGCUUCUGAACUUAAAGUAAACAAAUCCACUGCACGUGAAACUUUCGUGGAGCGAGUCGAACGCGGUCCUGGACUGAAGGAUUUCUUUACUGUGAGGCCCAAACAACGACUGAUUGAGGACAACGAGAUUUCAGAUACCAGCAAUAAUAUACCUUAUUUGAAUGCUAUAGAUUACAAUGGUCAUGGCAGAAAGGUGUACUUUGAAAUCUACGGCUGCCAGAUGAACUCAAACGACACUGAAGUUGUGUGGAGCUUGUUGCAAGAGCAUGACUAUCAACGUAGUAAGGAUGUGGCUGACGCUGAUGUGAUAAUGCUGAUCACCUGUGCUGUGCGUGAUGGCGCUGAGAAAAAGAUCUGGAACCGUUUGAAGCAUCUACGGGCGCUCAAAGAUCGGCGAGGACACAAAAGACCGCUACAAUUAACACUUUUGGGUUGUAUGGCAGAGCGAUUGAAGGAGAAACUUAUCGAGCAGGAGCAAUGUGUCGAUGUCAUUGCGGGUCCCGAUAGCUAUAAGGAUUUACCAAGACUGCUAGCUGUAGCUCGACACUAUGACAAUGCGGCAAUCAAUGUGCUGCUCUCUUUAGAGGAGACAUAUGCAGAUGUGAUGCCGGUGCGGCUAAACUCCGAAUCCCCAACAGCUUUUGCCUCAAUUAUGCGCGGAUGUGAUAACAUGUGCUCCUACUGCAUCGUGCCUUUUACACGUGGUCGCGAACGUUCCCGUCCUCUCACGUCGAUCGUACGCGAGGUCAAGAACCUCCAGCAACAGGGAGUCAAGGAAGUGACUCUGCUUGGACAAAAUGUUAACUCCUAUAGAGACAGAAGUGGCGAACCUGCAGGAAAAAUUGAUAAUAACGUGGUGCCUGGGUUUAGCACUGUUUAUAAACCUAAAACUGGUGGACUGCCAUUCUCAACGCUGCUGCAAAAUGUUGCCGAGGCUGUUCCGGAAAUGCGGAUACGUUUCACAUCGCCACAUCCGAAGGAUUUCUCCGAUGAUGUACUUCACAUCAUUCGAGAUUAUCCCAAUGUCUGCAAACAGUUGCAUUUGCCUGCCCAAUCUGGUAGCACUUCGGUGCUGACCAGAAUGCGACGCGGCUACACUCGGGAAGCUUACCUGCAGCUAGUGGAACAUAUUCGUGGCAUACUGCCAGAUGUGGGCCUUUCAUUUUUUAAGCGUUGGUACAUUGGAUAA